GCUCCAUGGACGGAGUCUCUAACUUAGCUCACCUUCCAGCUUUACAAAGAGGAAAGAGGGGUGCGCCGAUCUGCCUCGGGGUCCCCUCCUGUAGGAAGAGCCAUCUCACCUUGGAUGGACAAUAAAAGAAAGGACAGAAAGGUCUAGAACUUUUCCCCAGAUGUUCCAGCUGUGACUUCUCCCCAGCCCCUCAAUGGAACCUUCUGGAAGACCACCAGCCAGCUGGAUAUACAAGGAGGCCGAGAUGCCUGUUGGUCCCCUGGCAAAGGACAACAGCACGGGGUGGAGGCUGGGAGACAGAACCACUGCCCCGCCUCCUCUUCCCCCAGCCCUGUCCUUCCUCUUCCUCCUGCCACUGGCGAACGCCCUUCAGUCCACCCCACUAGUCUUUCCAGAGCUGCGGCUGGUGGGCGGCCCCAGUCGCUGCCGGGGUCGCCUGGAGGUCCUGCACAGUGGUGCCUGGGGCAGUGUGUGUGAUGACGACUGGGACGUGGUGGAUGCCAAUGUGGUGUGUCGCCAGCUGGGCUGCGGCCUGGCACUGCCGGUGCCCAGGCCCCUCGCCUUUGGCCAGGGUCGAGGCCCCAUCCUGCUGGACAACGUGGAGUGCGGAGGUCAGGAGUCAGCGCUGAGCCAGUGCGGCAGCCGGGGCUGGGGCGUGCACAACUGCUUCCACUAUGAGGAUGUGGCAGUGCUUUGCCAUGAAUUUUUACCCACGCAGCCCCCAACAAAGAGAGUGCUAGCCAGCAGGGCACCCCCAACGACGCCCCGAUAUGAGAAAGGUGAGGGCAACGUGCGGCUGGUGGGCGGCGCGGGCCCGUGCGAGGGCCGGGUGGAGAUCCUGCACGGAGGCCGGUGGGGCACGGUAUGUGAUGACGACUGGGGGCUGCCGGACGCCGCUGUGGUCUGCCGCCAGCUGGGCUGCGGGGAGGCCCUGGCCGCCACCACCAACGCCUUCUUCGGCUACGGCACCGGGCACAUCCUGCUGGACAACGUGCACUGCGAGGGCGGCGAGCCCCGCCUGGCAGCCUGCCUGAGCCUGGGCUGGGGCGUGCACAACUGCGGCCACCACGAGGACGCCGGCGCGCUCUGCGCAGUGCUGGGUGCUCCAACUUUCACAGCACUGCCACCCUCAGCAACCAGAGAGGACCUGGCCUGGCACACGGAGCCCUACGCUACCGGGGCGGGCGCCCUGCCCUCCAGGGAGACGGCCCAGUCCAGCACGGCGGCGGGGGCCUCGGGGAAGAAAAGCGGGCGGCUGCGGCUGGUGGGCGGCCCGGGCCCGUGCCGCGGCCGCGUGGAGGUGCUGUACGCCGGCGGCUGGGGCACCGUGUGCGACGACGACUGGGACUUCGCCGACGCGCGCGUGGCCUGCCGGGAAGCGGGCUGCGGGCCGGCGCUGGGCGCCACGGGACUCGGCCACUUCGGCUACGGCAGCGGCCCCGUGCUGCUGGACAACGUAGGCUGCGCAGGCACGGAAGCCCGCCUGAGCGACUGCUUCCACCUGGGCUGGGGCCAGCACAACUGCGGCCACCACGAGGACGCGGGCGCACUCUGCUCAGGCCCAGAGGAGCUAGGACUGCAAGCCCAGCAGGAAGGUGCUGAGACCACCCGGGUGCCCACUCCUCGGCCCAGAGAUGGGCACCUACGUUUGGCCAAUGGAGCCCACCGAUGUGAAGGGAGAGUGGAGCUCUUCCUGGGGCAGCGCUGGGGCACAGUUUGCGACGAUGCCUGGGACCUGAGGGCGGCCAUCGUCCUGUGUCGUCAGCUGGGCUGUGGCCAGGCCCUGGCAGCCCCUGGCGAGGCCCAUUUUGGCCCGGGCCGAGGCCCCAUCCUUCUGGACAAUGUCAAGUGCCGGGGGGAGGAGAGCGCCCUGCUGCUAUGCUCCCACAUCCGCUGGGAUGCCCACAACUGCGACCACAGUGAGGAUGCAGGGGUCCGGUGCCAGCCUCCAUGACCCUGCUGCCUGGAGCCCCCUGGGGCCUGCCUCUCCUCCAGGAAGAUGUACUCCUGUGACAACUGCCACUAACUCUCUCCUCUCAUCCUUUCCCUGGACAGGGGAGAGUCUGCCCAAAUGACAGGCCUGUGUGACUGUCACCUGGCAUCAACCAUUCAUGACCCCAUUGCAUGAAAGCUCCCACUUUCUGCCCAACCCUAAAAAGGAACAUGGGGGGGUGGGCUCUUCUCUUUGCUGGGGCUCCUAUUACUGCUCCCAAACCCUUGACGCUGCCUUCCUGCCCCUGGUCCUGGAAGGUCAGGGGUUCUCUGUAAAAGGGGUCUUUCCUUCCCAACUCCCACUCCCAAUCUUGGAAUCCCCAAGAAGGGAAAGCAGGAGAGGCCCACAGCUCCUCCCUUGCCUUGCCGGGGCUAUGGCCCUGGGAGGGCCCCGACUCAGAUGGUGCUUGGCUGGACAAGGAGAUCGGAGGUCCCAAAGCAGGGACAGGGAGCUAGAACCAGCAUCUCGGGUGUGCUGCCCCCCUGCGCCCACCCCUCUCCCCCCCUCCUGCAGCAGAGCCUCCACUGCGCAGACGCAAAGGACCUGAGGGCCUAUAGCCACCCGUUCAUAGGUGCCAAGUCAAUAAAGCAUUGCCCACCCA